CCUACGUUUGUGGAUGAUGGAGACAUGGUUCAUCAUAAUCAGUUCAAUAUGUGUUGCUGCCCUCAUCAGAUCCAUAAUAUUCCCCCGAAGAAACAGCAAGAAGCUGUUACCUCCAAGCCCAUCCAUCCUUUACAACAUCUUCAUACAACUAGCCACUCCCCCUUUAAACUGGGAACCCGUUCUCAUAAACCUCAAAGCCAAGUACGGGCCACUCUUCACUCUUUCACUCGCUUUUCGUCCUUUUAUCAUUGUUGGCAGCCAUGAUCUCGCCUACCAAAUCCUCAUUAAAAAAGGCGCAAUUUUCUCUGAUCGUCCCAAAUCCCUCCCCAUGCUCAACAUCUCCUCAGCCUCAUACGGCCCUACUUGGAGGCUUUUUAGAAGAAACCUUGCAUCCGAGAUCAUGCACCCUGCUCGCAUCAAGUCAUACUCGUGGGCUCGUAAAUGGGUUCUUCAUAUCUUACUUGGUCGCCUUCAAGAGCAAAAGAAGGAGGGUGAAGGAAUCAAGGUGGUUGACCAUUUCCAUUAUGCAGUGUUCCGUCUGUUGGUGGUGAUGUGCUUUGGAGAAAAGUUCGAUGAAAGUCAAAUCAAUGAGAUCGCCAAGGUACAACGUAAUAUGAUGCUGAAAGUAGGCUCGGGACGGUUUAUGGUGCAUACUUUGUUUCCAAGGUUGGGGAAGAUAUUGUUUAGAAACAGAUGGAAGGAGUUUUUGAAAUUACUUAGUGAUAAAGAACAAGUAUUGAUUCCAAUAAUCAAAUCUCGAAUCGAAUCAGAUACUUCUGGACACGAAUCAGUGGCUUAUGUUGACACCUUGGUGAAUCUAAAGCUCCCUGAAGAAGAAGCUUAUAAUGGAAAUGAUGGAAAGCUGACAUAUAAGGAGAUGGUAACUAUGUGUAGUGAGUUCCUUAAUGGUGGCACAGACACCACCUCAACUUCUUUACAAUGGAUCAUGGCGAAUCUUAUUAAGCAUCCUCACAUUCAGAGCAAACUCUAUAAUGAAAUAAUUGAAGUUGUUGGACAACCACAUCCACCUCCAUCACAUGGGGCCGAGCCACUAGUUAUAAACGAAGAGGAUCUAAAGAAAAUGCCAUACCUAAAAGCAGUGGUUUUGGAAGGGCUGAGGAGACACCCACCAAGCCACUUUGUGCUGCCACAUAAGGUCACAAAAGAGGUAAAGGUGCAAGGCUAUGUGAUUCCACAGGGUGCCACUCUCCAUUUCUUGUUAGGUGAGAUGGGUUUGGAUCCAAAGGUCUGGGAUAAUCCCAUGGAGUUCAAACCAGAGAGGUUUUUGUCAAAUGAUAAGACUGAUGGUGCGUUUGACUUUGAUAUAAGCGGAAGCAAAGGGAUCAAGAUGAUGCCAUUUGGUGCCGGAAGAAGGAUAUGUCCUGGCUCUGAUUUAGCCCUGCUUCACUUGGAAUAUUUUGUUGCAAACUUGAUUUGGUAUUUCCAUUGGACUACUCCAAAUGGUUAUCAUGUUGAUCUUUCUGACAAGGUCGAGUCAACCGUCGUCAUGAAGAACCCUCUAAGAGCACAAAUCUCACCCAGGGCUUAAAACCAUUCGACCUUGAUUCGACAUAUAGGCAUUUAUAAAUCAGUCUAUUUUCCAAUGUACUAAAGUGAU